GCAUGUUUGAGUCAAAGUCUUCUUUGCACUGAAACCGAGGGCAUCAGGGGGAAACCUCUUAGCUGAAAAGGUUCUAAGUACAUUACUCUCGGGGUGUCUAAAGGGGGAAGAUGUUUUGCACCCUGCUGGUUGUAGGGGCGCUGGUAGGGGCCGCCUACGUCUACCGUCACAUUGUUGUGAAAGGAAAGCGGUGCACAAGCCAAGCCAAGCUGCACGGAAAGACUGUCAUCGUGACAGGCAGCAACACGGGCAUUGGGAAGACCACAGCCAUAGACUUGGCCAGAAGAGGAGCCCGAGUCAUACUGGCAUGUCGCAGCCCACAAAGAGGACAGGCUGCACUUGAAGAAAUCAAGAGCGAGAGCGGCAGCAACCAGGUUGUCUUCAUGCAGUUGGAUCUGGGGAGUCUGAAAUCUGUCCGCAGCUUUGCCGAAACCUUCCUGAGAAGCGAACCCAGACUAGAUAUCCUGAUCAACAAUGCAGGUGUUUACCUGCAGGGCCGGACAGCAGACGGUUUGGGGAUGAUGUUUGGCGUCAAUCACGUGGGACACUUCCUGCUGACCGAGCUUUUGCUGGACCGUCUGAAGGAGUGUCAACCAAGCCGGGUGGUCAACGUGUCGUCCAUGGCGCAUAACUUUGGAAAAAUUGACUUUGACUGCCUCAACAAGCACAAAGCUCUGGGGCUCGGGACUUCGGGCAUGGAGAAGCUUCAAGUCUACUCUGAUAGCAAGCUGUGCAAUGUCCUCUUCACGCACGAGCUGGCCAAGAGGCUGCAAGGAACCAAGGUCACUUGCUACGCCCUCCAUCCAGGAGCUAUCAACUCCGAGCUGGCCAGGAACACCAGCACGUUGCUGCAAAUGCUGCUCAAACCCAUGACUACCUUCUUCUUCAAAAACACCGUUCAGGGAUCCCAGACCACUCUUCACUGUGCUCUGCAGGAGGGGCUGGAACCUCUCAGCGGACGUUACUUCUCCAACUGCACGGUGCGAGAAGUUUAUGCCAAAGCCAAAGAUGACGCCGCGGCGAGGAAGCUGUGGGAAAUCAGCGAGAGAAUGUGUGAUCUGGCAUGAAAUCAUUCGUUUGAUUCCACACUGUAGUUGACUUUGUUUUCUACUAAAAUGGCAAUCACUGGAAAAUCUUCUCCUGGAGGUUCAUUGCUUCACACACACAUUUACACAAUGCACACUCUCAGUCUAGGAAGGACAUGAACAGCAGUUCGCCUACAGCCA